UUCAUUUUAUAUUAUUAAUAAUCAUAGUAUAUCAGUAUGGGCCAAGGUGCAAGUACUGAACUCAGGGAGGAUGGCAGUUCUGACCUGCACAAAAAUGAUUUGUGGCCUAUGGUUCAUUGUCCGGAAUAUAAUCUACGCUUCAUGGGAUUAGAAAAAAUGGGCAAAUUUGAUUUAUUGAAAGGAAAUAAUAUUCGUCAGAUACUUAUUGCACAAAAAAUUUUGACAGUUAAUUCAUUCUCCACUCCUGUUGAAAUUACGGAAGCAGAGUUGAAAGAAGUUCAUACCCAGGAAUAUAUGAAGAGCUUGAAAAGAUCCAAGACCAUUGCAAAAAUAACAGGAAUAUCUGGAUUAGCAAUUUUUCCAUACUCUGUUAUUGAAAAGUCAAUAAUGCGACCACUUCGAGUUCAAGCUAGUGGUUCAAUUUUAGCGGGAAAGCUUGCUAUGGAACAUGGAUGGGCAAUAAAUCUUGGUGGUGGGCAACAUCAUUGCAGUGCAGGAAAAUCAGAACCUUCUGGUUUUUCACCUUAUGCUGAUGUGACUUUAAACAUUAAAUAUUUGUGCAAGAAUUUUCCAAGCGUGAAUAGAGUACUGAUUAUUGACUUGGAUGUGCAUCAAGGGAAUGGAUAUGCUCAUGAUUUUAUGAAUGAUGAAACCGUAUAUAUUUUUGACAUGUAUAAUUGCAUGAUAUUUCCUGGUGAUGAAACAGCAAAAAAGGCUAUAAAGCGUAAAGUUGAGUUGAAAAAUGCCAUGAAAGAUGAUGAAUAUAUCAAUCUUUUAAAGUCUAACAUCAAAGAAGUGUUAGAUGAAGCUGAUCCACAGUAUGUGUUAUACAACGCAGGUACAGAUAUUCUGAAAGGAGAUCCGCUUGGAAAAUUAAAUAUAUCACCUAAUGGUGUCAAGGAAAGGGAUAAAAUUGUUUUCACUGAAGUUCGAGGACGUGAUAUACCUAUUGCCAUGGUUCUGUCAGGAGGUUUCACACGAAAUACUGCAGGCAUUGUGGCAGACUCAAUAACUUAGUUGCAGGAGUGUGGUCUUGUGGAAGGCCCAAAAUCAAAUGUUCUUUCCUAACUUCAUUUACCUCUAAUAUUUCUAUAUCAAUAUGCAAGUUAAGUAAAACAGUGUUGUUCCAACAUAGUAUUUUUCAGCCUUUCAAUAAGCUCUUUAUUAUUGAGUAAUAUAUUACUUCUUCAAUCAGAUGUCGCAUGUAUGGUAACACUGUUAAUUAUGCAAAAUUUCAUUCUUAUUUCAUGAUACUAAUAAGGCCAGCACAGCUCUCUUUGUUGUAAUUGUUUCUUGUUUUCUAGCUGUAUAUCAAAGAAUGUUCCUCAAUUUUUACCAAGCCACUGGAAUGGAAAAUGUUUGAGGAUUAUAUUUAUAAACCAUUGCCAAUAUCUACCUGCCUACGUUCAUUAGUCUUUCUAAAGAAUCAAAACUUAUAUUUUAACCAAGCACCUAAUGCCAAAUAUAUAUCUUACAUUAUGCUUUUUCUCAAUUGAUUUUCACUAAUAUUUCUUAAAUUUUUCAUAUUUAAAAAUAUUUUAACAAUUGCUUAUAUCAGGGAUGGCGAACCUUUUUCAAUGAAUGGGUUAAAAACUAGAAUUUUAUCGC